CGUGUGUUGCAUUGUGACAUUAGUGGUGUAUGGAGCUGAGCUGUCGAAAUGGAACACAAACUUCUUGAAAACGCGAGCAAACUUCUGCAGCAAAACGUUCAUGGAUCAAAUGCAAAGCAAACAUCGAAGUUAAUAGCAAGGCAUUCAGCGGACCAUUCAGUGGAUACAUUGAUUUUCUCGGGAAAGAAACGUGGAACUCUUCACGACUGGAUCAGUCAAGUCAAUGCCAACCUGAGUACAUCUGCAUCAAGGCUUGAAGGUCUUGUCAUCUUAAGAGCCAUUAUACAGCAAUGUUCUCAGGAAACCUUUUCAGAAUGCUGUGUGACUUGGGUCAGACUCCUCAUCAGUAUCUUUCAGCCUCACCAAACUCCGAGCAUAGUAGAGAUCGCAUCUGGAAUCCUGGUGGAUAUCUUCAAGGCUGCAUCAUCUCAGAGCAAUGAAAUCACCAGAGAUCUUGCAAUCAACCACAUCCCUGGUUUACUGGGAACCUUACUCAACGCUGAGUCAGAGGAGUGGUUGGUUCCUAGUCUCCGCCUCCUUGCUGUGUGUAUGGAAUGCUUUCCUGGUCCUUGCGGUGCAAUCAGCUACAAACUUGAAGCAAUGAUCACUCCACAUCUAGACUCCAUCUAUCCCGACAUUCAAAAGUUGGCACAAACAUGCUAUCCAUUGUUAGCACGGCUAGGAGGAGGUGGAUCUGGAGGCAUCAAAUACACAGAGGCAUUCAAGCGUUACUCCAUGUUGAUAUUAAACACACUCAGAACGAAGCUUGCAGUGCUCUAUGAAGAAUAUGCAUCAGAUCUUGAGCCUUCUUCUGAAGAGGGUAUUGAACCCAUAUCUCUCAGCCCCGCUCCUACAGAAGAACCAAUGAGAACCCUUCAUCUCACCAAUCAGAUAGAAUCACUUACAAAAUGUCUUCAGAUUAUGCUAAGAAAUGAAUUCCCUGCCAAGGCUUCCAUCCCAGUGAAAUCAAUGUUAGAUUAUAUUUCAAGUGCUCUUGAUGUUACAGGCAAAACACUGGAUGAUCAUGUAACUUCAGAAUCAUCCAUGUUAGCCCUCGUCCUUCCCAGAAUUCAUCAGGCUACUUUACAACUUCUAAAGGCUCUAAUUGAAAGCUGCUGUAUAAAUCACUACAAUCAUCAAAUAAACCAGAUCUUCCUUAAAAUGCUUGGAUGGACUCAUUCACAGGCCAUGGUAAAACCGUUCAGAAACCUACGAGCUGAAGUAUACCGGACCAUUGGGACGUGGCUCAAGACUGCUGGGGUAUCGUCUGGAUUUGCUGCAAUGGCAGGAGAAAAACUGAUACAUCAAUGCAUACAAGACGCUACUCCACCAGUGAGCACUACAAAGUUGACGAGUGGUGCGCAGGCGAAGAGUGAGAAGAAAGGAGGCAAGGUAAAGGUCAAGGGUCAGAGUUCACAGAGCAGUGACCUAUCAUCCAGAGGUCAACAAUCUGACCAGUACCUAGACAGGGUACUCUGUUUGACAGCAUUACAAGCAUUACGGCAGUUGAUGCUGACAAGUGGAGUCAAACUGAAAGCAAACCUUCAUCAAGAUGUCUACCAGUUUAUCAUCCCUCUCUUGACUAAGAUCCAGAGCUGUGAUUCAUCCAGCAUUCCAUCACCGUACACCUGCUGUGAGUGUAGGAAGGAGCUGUAUGGGAUACUCCAAUCAGUGGUACUGGUACCCCACCCCCAGGCCCCUUCACCCCUCAACCUGGCUGUGGCUAUCUUCAAAGAGGGAAAGAAUGACAGGAGUAUAGAUGUAUCUAGUGCGUGCAGGGAAGCUGCCGUUAUCUGCGACACCAUCAUUCAUCCCCGGAGACCUCCCGUACCUUGCGCCAAAUCCCAGGCCCCGCCCACCUCCUUGGUGCUCCAAGCUGUGCCCAGUUCUGCAUCAGGUACUUCCACCCUUCAGGAAGAACAAGUUGCCAUGGAAACUGAAGACUCUGGUGAUAAAACAUAUCCAAGUGAAAGGAUAGUGUCUUCCACCAAAGAGUGUGAGGUCCAGAUAGUUUCUCCAUUGCUUGAUAGUGAUUUACAAACUGUCGCUGAUGAGCAUCGACAUGUUUCAAUACAGGAUGAUGCCAAACACAAUCGGGAAAUAUCCAAUACUUUACCUGAUAGCAGAAAAACUGAUAAGGCAUCCGCGUCAAUGACUAGUGAUGUCACAACAGAUAGUGAGAAUGAAAAUGAAGAGGAGGAAGUUGAGGAGAAGGAUGAUGGUAAGAAGACAGAAGGAAAGAGAGCGGAAGUAGAGGAAAAACUUGGAACGUCCAGUCGAAAAAGAAAACAGGAAACAUCUUCAAGUCUACAGGUAAAGAAGCCAGCUACUGAGGAGGUUGAAUCCAUGCUGUCUGCAUUCAUUGAUGCUCCUCCAGAUGAAGAUUAACUUAUCAUUACUUUGUGUUGGAGAGGCAUAUUUACAGUGGUGCUCAAAAGUUAGUGAACCCUAAGAAAAUGGACAUACUUAAAGUGUUCAUGUUCUGCCAUGUUUAAGAUAUUUAGUUGUGAAAUCAGGUGAUAAAAAUAUUACAUUUAAUGAAGUUUGUUUCUCUGGGUUCACAGAACACUGUAGUUUUGUUGUCUACGUUCAACACUCAGCAUGAAGGAGUGCAUUUCGUGGUGGGGUUCACUAACUUUUGAGCACAACUGUACAUGUACAUCAUACAUCUAUGCCAACUGACAUAAAAUAUAUAGUUGAGUAUAUGAAUUUAAGAAUGACACAAGUCCAUCUAUUGGCUAAAGAUGAGAAAUGGUUGCCUACAUUGGGCUCUCUUGACAAGCGGUUUUUAUGUAAUGAAGAGACCAUCCUGUCUUAAAGAACACAAAAAUAAAUAAAUAUACAUGAGCCCAUCUUUUGUGUCAUUUUUUUAUAUCCUAAAAUUCAACAGUUACCUUGAAAUGCCCAAAAUGAACGAAAAGCCGACUAACAUUCAAGUCAUUUAAUUUUUAUUGAUUUAUUCAAAAUAAAUCGUCAUAGACUUGGGUCAUUCUUACAUUCAUAAUUUGUUUUUGGCGAGAAAACAACCCCAACUUAACAUUUUAUUUGUAAUCCCCCAUUUUUUCGUCCCUGUUUAAUUAAAAUUUGUACAUGCCUUUU